AUGAAGUGGACAAAGUGCGACCGUGUCACCAAGGGAUUGGCUAUGCAACUAAUCGCCGACCUACAGGACCUCUUUCCGAGCCCCUCCAUCCUCUUUGCAUACGGCCUCGAACAAGCCAGCAAACUAGCGGUCAUCACAGGUGUCCUGAGGGCGCGAAAUCUCAAGUCAUCAGUAGUGAGAAGCAAAGACUACCUCUCACAGCGACAUCUCCUGUCCAAGAUCUUCUCAACGUGUGUUUAUGCCCUGGGUCGGGAGGCGCAGAUCGAGCAAUAUGAUAAGGUGGACAGUCUAAAUGUGCUCCUGGGCAAUCUGCGCAAGCUCUUUGAACCAGUGGAAACAGGUCAGAAAGAGCAGUUGGUAUUGAUUCUCGAAGACAUCGACAAGCUGAAGCAAGCCGGUCCGACUCUGCUUCCUGCGCUGGCAAGGCUCGGUGAUCAGAUCCCUGGACUCUCGCUCAUCUUGACAUCCACCACCUCACAACCGCUUGCUCUGCACAAAACGGGUGUCCCCUACAUACAUUUCCCUCCCUACACACGUGGAGAAGCGAUAUACUUGGCGGCAUCAUCUCCGCCGAUGCUCUUCCCAGACGCACUGCCACAGCAUGAAGGGGAAGCGACCCGAAUCGACAAAGCGUCUCUCGAAAAAUUGUAUGCGCAAUUUAUCGUAACGGUCUACGAUUCCCUGAUAUUCUCAACCUCAUCCACAUCAAUCCAGACAUUCCGCUCGACAUCAGAAAGACUCUGGCCGCGGUUUAUCUGGCCCAUGGUUUCAGGAGAAUCACCACCUGGCAAAGCCGUCUCAUGGGAUUUUGCAAAAUUGCUAGUUCGAAAUCGAGGUCUUUUCCAGACACAAGGCGAGCAUGGGCUCCGAGAUCAUCUCCGGCCGCAGGGUGAGGCUUGGUCAUUUGAAGACCUGUCUCGGAUUUCGCGUGAGAAGGAUACCUCGCGAGCAGAGGUGGAACCCCUGUCGAGUAUACCCAAUACGCCGACGAAGCCUCGGCACCGGUUCACAAAGUCCUCAGUAGGAGGUACACCACUCGGGGACAACAACAAAAUCACCUUGCAACACCAACCCACAAAACGACAACCGCCAUUACUGAAACACUUCCCCACGCUGCUCCUCCUCUCGUCAUACCUGGCGUCCACAACUCCGUUGAAACACGACAUCCUACUCUUCUCCCGCCUGUCGUCCAACUCCAGCCACAUCAGCAAGAAGAUCCGACGCCUGAAGAACACGCCGACGCGGAAAAAGCUCAAACCCACGGCGACAUCCACGACCGGCACGCCGAGUAAAUCGCGCAUCGCGAAAGCCAUCCUCAGCGCAUCCGGCGGCGGCGGGGCCAGUACCGGCGUGGUCAAACCCUUCAGCGUCGAGCGGCUACUCGCGAUCCUGCGCGCCGUGCAUCCCAGCGGCGUGUCGAAUACCGCGGGCAGUCGGGGCGUAAGCGACAGGGUGUAUCAUGAGCUUGGGGAGCUGGAGAGGCUGAGGCUUGUGGUGCGAGCUUCGGCGGGGGCGGGUGCUUCGAGUGCUGCUGCUGGUGGCGGUGCGAGUGGAGCGGCCGCGGUGGAUGAUGCCACCGAGGAGAAGUGGCGCGUUAAUGUCGGCAGGGAUUGGGUGGUCAGUAUGGGCAAGGUUUGGGGUUUGAGUGUUUCCGAGUAUGAGAUUGAAGGGGAUAUGUAA